AUGCCGCUGGCUCGCAGCUUAUCCGUGACGUCCCUUCCAGGACUGGAGGAGUGGGAUGAGGAUUUUGAUUUGGAGGACGCUGUACUUUUUGAAAUUGCCUGGGAGGUUGCAAACAAAGUCGGAGGUAUCUACACAGUCAUCCAGACCAAAGCCCGCCUGACGUCAGAGGAAUGGGGGGAGAACUAUUUCCUAGUUGGCCCUUACAUUGAGAGCAACGUACGCACACAGGUGGAGCUCAUUGAGCCCACAAACCCUGUGCUCAAGAGAACCAUUGACAAGAUGAACUCUAGUGGGUGUAAGGUGUACUUUGGCCGUUGGCUCAUUGAAGGCAGCCCUUAUGUGGUUUUGAUCGAUGUGGGCUUUACUGCCUGGUCUCUGGACACCUGGAAGAGUGAGCUGUGGGAGCUCUGUGACAUCGGCGUUCCGUGGUUCGAUCGCGAAGCCAACGACGCCGUGCUGUUUGGCUUUCUCACAGCCUGGCUCCUGGGAGAGUACGCGGCCCAGUGUGAAGAGACGCCGCACGUCGUGGCCCAUUUCCACGAGUGGUUGGCCGGCCUGGGCUUGGUGUUGUGCAGACAGAGACAGUUGCCAAUAGCAACAAUCUUCACCACACACGCUACACUACUUGGGCGCUACCUGUGCGCUGGAAAUGUCGACUUCUACAACAAACUUUCAGAGUUCAACGUGGAUAAGGAAGCAGGCGACCGACAGAUCUACCACCGCUACUGUUUAGAACGAGCAGCUGCCCACUGUGCACACGUCUUCACUACCGUGUCCCAGAUCACAGCCAUUGAGGCAGAAAACCUUCUAAAAAGGAAACCAGACAUUGUCACUCCCAACGGUCUCAACGUGAAGAAAUUCUCAGCCGUGCAUGAGUUUCAGAACCUUCAUGCACAGAGCAAGAAUCGGAUUCAGGAGUUUGUCAGGGGACACUUUUACGGACACCUUGACUUCAACCUGGACAAGUGCUUGUUUCUCUUCAUUGCUGGAAGAUAUGAAUUCUCCAAUAAAGGAGCGGACAUCUUCUUGGAGUCUUUGGCUAGACUUAACUACCUGCUAAGAGUCAACCACAGCGAUGUGACCGUCAUUGCAUUUUUCAUCAUGCCGGCUCGGACGAACAACUUCAACGUGGAGACCUUAAAGGGUCAAGCAGUCAGGAAGCAACUGUGGGAUACUGCUCAAACAGUAAAGGAGCGAUUUGGGAAGAAACUUUAUGAGUCUCUUCUCGUUGGGCAGUUACCAGAUGUGUCAAAGAUGCUGGAUAAAGAAGACUUCACAAUGAUGAAGCGUGCAAUCUUUGCCACUCAAAGACAGUGCCAGCCUCCGGUCUGCACUCAUAACAUGCUGGAGGACAGCGGGGAUCCCAUUCUCAACUCUGUGCGCCGCAUCGGCCUUUUCAACAGCUCUGCUGACCGUGUCAAGAUUAUAUUCCAUCCGGAGUUCCUGUCCUCCACCUCACCUCUGCUUCCGAUGGAUUACGAGGAGUUUGUUAGAGGUUGCCACUUGGGCGUCUUCCCCUCUUACUAUGAACCGUGGGGUUACACACCAGCCGAAUGCACGGUCAUGGGAAUUCCAUCAAUUUCAACAAACCUGUCAGGCUUUGGUUGUUUCAUGGAGGAACACAUAGCAGAUCCCUCAGCAUAUGGGAUUUACAUCCUGGACCGUCGAUAUCGAGGGGUGGACGAAUCGUGUAACCAGCUCACUUCCUUUCUGUUCCAAUUCUGCAAGCAAAGCCGACGCCAGAGGAUAAUCCAAAGGAACCGCACGGAGCGUCUAAGCGACCUCCUGGACUGGAGAUACCUCGGCAGGUAUUAUGUAACUGCACGUCACAUGGCCUUGGCUAAAGCCUUCCCGGACACCUUCCUGUACGAACCACAUGAUCCCACUGCAACGUCAGGUUUCCGCUACCCUCGUCCCGCUUCCGUGCCACCAUCGCCUUCCCUCUCCCGCCACUCCUCCCCACACCACAGCGACGUCGAGGACAACGACGAAGACGAACGCUACGACGAAGAUCUGGAGGCGGAAAAGGACAGAGUGAACAUUCGCCAACCCCUUACGCUCCCAUUCAAAAACAAGAUUUCUGCUGUCUACAAGGCCAACGGCAAUUCCAAUAGUGUUGCAGGCGAGAAAAACUGA